AAAUUCAAGAAGUGAAUUGAAAUUCAAGAGUCAUUCUCAAUUCACUUCUGAAUUUUGUGCAGCCCUGAUGUGCACGAGAAAAUACGUUCAGAAGGAAAAAAGAGGGAGGGGGAUCCUAAAGAUAAUUUCCCACUUCCACCGGGGACUGCUCACAUUUCAGCUUUCUCCCUUUGACAACAGACAAACUAUUAACUGCUCCCGGUUUUCUCAUGAGUAUUUGAUAUGGAGACUAUAUAAGGAUGGCAAAACAUCUUUGUAACAUGUGCUGUGCACCUUCAAUCACUCAUGACAUUAAGAGUAUUUAAUAUCCAAAGAAGGAGAAGAUGUUUGCUUUGAGCCUUGAGGAUCAAAAACAUUCCUGAGGACCUCUUCAUAUAAAGCCGGGGGUCCCUGAGUUUUCUGACACUGAGGUGGAUCUUAAAGAAGCUCUCCAAGAUGUCCAAAGCUAAGGCUACUCCCCCUCCUGGGUGCACUCUGAACAUCAACGAUCCUCAGGUCCAGGAGGCUGCUAUCCGUAUCCAGGCCUCAUAUCGAGGACACAGAUCACGCAAAGAGCUACGGGAGAAAGGGCCUCCCAAGAUCCUGCAGGAUCUCAAAGAUGUUAUGCUUGUUGAGGGCAGUGCUGCAAAGCUGGAGUGUAGAGUUAGUGCUUUUCCAGAUCCUUUCAUCAUCUGGUACAAAGAAGGCAAAGAGCUUAAGGAUGGACCCAAGUACCGCUAUGUUUUUGAAGACCCAGAUUUUGUGGCACUCGUGGUUCGAGAUGGAGUUCUAGAUGAUCUGGGGAAAUACACUGUGACCAUUAAGAAUCCAUUUGGACAAACGGCUGGAUCUGCUUGUAUUCUUGUGGAAGUCCCUGCUAAGGUUUGCAAAGGCCAAGAUAAUAUCAAAUCCAAGAGAGGAACGACAGUGGUGCUCAAGGCAGAGAUAAGUGGUGAGCCUCCUCCAGAUGUUGCCUGGCUAAAAGAUGGAGAAGACAUUGAAGAGGAUGACAGGAUAUUUUUUGACGUUGGAGACACCAACACGAUCUUGACCAUCAAAAAUGCAAAGAUGUCUGAUGCCGGCAGGUAUGAGGUGUUUGUGGAGAAUAACCUGGGAACAGACCAGUCCUUUGCCCGGGUUGACAUCCUGUGAUGGAGCUUCUAAAGCACAUCUGUACUAAUCAGCCAGUGUUCUUUACAGUUGUGUUUCCUCUUACAAAUGUUAAUACUGUGGUCAAAGUUGUACAUAGCUUAAGUUUAGCUCCAAAUAAAAACCUUAGAAUAUUUUGUCAAUGA